CGUUCAACUCUUCUUCCUCUCUCUCUCUCUCUCUCUCUCUCUCUCUCUCUCUCUCUCUCAAGCUGCUGCGCCACUCAUCCGACGAUUCCGGCCUUCCCUUAUUCCUCUCAAAUCGCCGGCGCAGGUCUCCUAUAGAAGAAGAUGCCUCUGGGGCUAAUUUUAGGAAUAGGAAGGGCAUUUCGAAGGAAGCGAACAUCCUCACUUGAUAUUUUAUCACCAAAACGUGCUCCUCGAGGUUUUUACAAGGGAAAGAACUGCAAGUCCACUGGUUUCUACACUCGCAAGGCUGGGUAUGUGAUAUUGCAGGAAAAGUUACCAAACUAUGUAGUUCCUGAUUUGACUGGUUUUAAGGUUUGCAUCUUCCACUUAUUUAAUUUAUCACUAUGUUGCCUUGCUUUCUUUCUGCUUAUUUACCGUGUUAACAUUUACAUGGAUAACGAUUGGUUUUUGGGGCUUCUGCUUCCUUGAUAAUAUAACUUGACAUUGUUCCUUUAAUUCCU